CGCGAGCGAUGGCGAACACUGAUGAGAGCAAGCUGGAGCGCAUCAGGGCGGCGUCGCACGCCUUGCUGCCCGAAUGCAUCGCGUUUCUGCAGGAUCUCGUCCAGAUCGACACCACCAACCCGCCGGGGUUGAACUAUCGACGGAUCGCGACGGUCAUCAAGGACAAGCUCGACCAACUCGGAUACGACGAGACGGAGCUGCUCGAGGUUGCGCAGUCCGACCUCCCCACCUUGGCCCCGCAUUUCGACGGACAUGAGCGUGUCAACGUGCUUGGACGCCUGAAAUCGAAGUCGGCUUCUCCCAUCACCGCCGCAGGCAAGAACAGGGAGCAAGUACUACACUUCAAUGGGCAUACCGACGUCGUGCCCAUUGGCUCACGCGAUACAUGGACCCACGAUCCCUUCGGUGCAGAGAUCGAAGACGGCGUGAUAUACGGACGCGGCGUGUCCGAUAUGAAGGGAGGUCUGGCGGCACAGAUCUACGCCGUGGAAGCCGUCCGUCGUGCGGGACUCACCCUGCGCGGUACCGUCGAGCAAAGCGGCGUCGUUGACGAAGAGACGACCGGCGUGCGCAACGCAGGAGCCGGCUGGCUCAUCGAACAAGGCUACUGUUCCGCCGACAAGACCGACGCCGUCAUUAUUACCGAACCGCUCAACGUCGACAACCUCUGCUGCGGCCACCGCGGCACGCUCUGGGGCACGAUCACCUUCCACGGCAUCGGCGCGCACGGCGCGAUCCCCCAGCGCGGCGUCAACGCCGUCGAGCACGCCGCGCUCUUCGUCACCCGCUGCAAAGAGCGCUUCGCGCCGCUCCUCCAAGGCCGACGGGACGAGCGCGUGAUCCCAGAAGAGGCGCGGGGCAGCAGCAUGACCUUCACCACCUUCCACGGCGGCACGAACCCCAACUCGGUCGCGGACCGCUGCGCGCUCUCGUUCGACCGCCGGCUCGUCCCGGGCGAGACGCUCGACGGCGCCCGCGGCGCCAUCCACGCCCUCCUCGCCGAGCUCGCGUCGACCGUGCCGAACUUCGCAUACGAGUACGCGGAGACGUACCAAACCGAGCCGGUCUGGGUCGACCCGGACCAGCCGUUCUGCCGGACGAUGCGCCGCGCGAUCGCGCGCGCGGCGGGCGCGGCGGACGCGGGCGUGGUGUGCUCGCCCGGGUCGGACGACCAGCGGUUCUUCGUACGCGCCGGGAUCGGGCGCACGGUGGUGUACGGACCCGGGAAUAUCAGGAACGUGCAUAAUCGCGACGAAGCGCUGUUGCUGGAGGAUCUGAGGCAGAGCGUGGAGGCGAUGGCGAUAGCGGCAUGCGAGUUCCUCGGGGUAGACGACUAGGGCAUAGAAACAUGUAUCACGAUCCUGCAGUCGUGUAUAGUAUACUAUACUAUACAUAGAUCUGAUAGCAUAACUCAA